AUGGAAACUGAAGAUAAUAAUAUAGAGAAACAUGAUAAAAUAACUGCCUGUUCGGAGGAAAACGAACUUCUAAAUGCUAACUCAAUCAAGAUGACGGACGCCCCGUUUGGGAAAUCCGACUCCGAGGAUGACAUUGUCGAGGAUUACGACGUACUGGCAAUCCGACCACAAUGUUGUCGAAAUCGGACUGGGUUGGAAAAGUUCCUUAUGGCUGCCAUGUUAGUUGCGUUUGUUGUGAUAAUCGGAUUGGCAGUUGGAUUAACCAGACCAAUAUUAAAAGAAGACAAUAUGAAAUAUAAUUCCGAGGACUGCUGUCAGACUAAUAUAACUUAG